UUAUGUAUCCUAGUUAAUAAUUCUUAAUUAGUUGUAUCUGUAGCAUAAGUCUUACAAGGUAGUAGCUUGUAGUUUUCAAGUUUUUUACGGAGUAUUUGGCUGAUCAGACUUCCUUAAAAUUAAAGAAGUUGAGAUUGCCAAUGGCUUCCUUUAAGUUUGCACUUUUUAAAUGCUCCAUCACCUCAAAAAAGAUCCAAUACCCUUAUGCAGAUAGUCCGUUUAUUUUCUUGUUAUGUAAAGUCCUACUAACACUUCAUUCUAUAGCUAUUUCAAAAACCCAUGUGAAUUAGUUGAGGGGAUUAGUAGGAGAUUUGGUGCUCCCCACAUUCUGAAAGUGGGGCUUAAGUAUUUUAUUACUGGUUACUGUGAUCACAUUUGUAUUUUUCAGCUUAUGUUGUCUCAGGAAAGAAAGAUUUGCAAAUGUAGAGCCCUUCAGAAGUUACCUUGAGUAUUUUAUUGUAGAGGAAAUAAUAUGCCCUAAUGGUGCCAACUGCUGGAAAAGAAGGCUCAAGAGGAAAAGUCCAGGUAUGUUGUGUUUUAAUCAGUGCCAAUAGAGGUCAAGCAACGUCUAUAAAGAAAAUUAUUAACAUUUGAGUAAAAUGUAGUGGCAAUCCCUAAGAGAGAUUUCAAGAGAAGAGAAAAUGAACAGGGAAAAUAGUGAUACAUUUAUUGGAUUCAGUAACUGUUAAAAGUUAAUAGGAAACUAGAGCAAAUAGUAUGUGGUAACCUGGCACUGACGUUAGCUCUGUUACUCUUCAAAAGGCAUAUUUGAGGUUUUGGCCUCCUGGGCAACUUGUGGUGGAGGUCUGUCAUUUUCCCUUUGCUGCUGGAAAAGAAGGCUCAAGAGGAAAAGUCCAGGUGAACUCUUGGUUGCAAGGUGUUUUGUUUACAGGACUUGAGGAAGGAAUUAGUGUGAAGUCAAAUGUCUCAUAUCUACAGAUGUUCAGUAAAUCACCGUUUUCAGCCCCACAUCUCACUUUUAUCCUCCAUUGUACCUGAUUUCUUAAAGGUUUUGCUGAAGAUAUUUCUGAGGAAUCAUCCCAGGUGCCACACUACAAGAAUGAUUCAGUUGACAGCUACCCCUGUGAGUGCACUCGUUGAUGAGCCGGUGCAUAUCCGAGCUACAGGCCUGACUCCCUUUCAGGUGGUGAGUUUUAAGGCAUCACUUGAAGAUGAAAAGAGAAACAUGUUUUAUUCUCAAGCCCACUAUAGGGCCAAUGAAUUUGGUGAGGUGGACCUGGAGCAUGCUUCUUCACUUGGAGGGGAUUAUGUGGGAGUCCACCCCAUGGGUCUCUUUUGGUCCCUAAAACCUGAAAAGCCAUUAAAAAGACUGUUGAAAAGAGAUGUGAUGAAUAGCCCCUUUCAGGUCCAAUUAGAACUUUAUGACAUAGAAUUGCUACCAAACAAUAAAGCUACCAGUGCUCCAAAGGCCAGCCUGACUUUGAAGAGGUGGUAUGUGGCACCUGGUGUCACACGAAUUCAGGUUCGAGAAGGCCGCCUUCGAGGAAAUCUCUUUCUCCCUUCAGGAGAGGGUCAAUUCCCAGGGGUAAUUGAUUUGUUUGGUGAUUUGGGUGGGCUGGUUGAAAUUCGGGCCAGUCUGCUAGCCAAUCGUGGCUUUGCCUCCUUGGCCUUGGCUUACCAUGACUAUGAAGACCUGCCCUCCAAUCCAGAAGUAACAGAUUUGGAAUAUUUUGAGGAGGCUGCCAACUUUCUCCUAAAACAUCCUAAGGUCUUCAGCUCAGGCAUAGGGGUAGUCUCUGUAUGUAAAGGAGCAGCGAUUGGACUGUCGAUGGCUAUUCAUCUAAAACAAGUCAGAGCCGCGGUACUUAUUAAUGGGACCAACUUUAGUUGUGGCGUUCCACAGGUAUAUCGUGGUCAGAUCUAUCCGCCCCUUCCCUAUUCUACACAAUUAAUAUCCACCAAUGCCUUGGGGUUAGUAGAGUUCUAUCAGAUUUUUAAGGAAACUCAAGUUGAGGCCAGUCAAUAUUUUUUUCCGAUUGAAGAGGUCCAGGGGCAUCUCCUCUUCAUUGUGGGAGAAGAUGAUAAGAAUCUCAACAGCAAAGCACAUGCUGAGCAAGCCAUAGGACAGCUAAGGAGACAUGGAAAGAACAACUGGACCCUGCUAUCUUACCCUGGGGCAGGCCACCUGUUAGAGCCUCCCUAUUCCCCUCUGUGCUGUGCCUCAAUCAUGCACGAUAUGAAAAUGUACUGGGGAGGAGAGGUGAUCCCACACGCAGCUGCACAGGAACAUUCUUGGAAGGAGAUUCAGAAAUUUCUCAGGAAGCACCUCAUUCCAGAUGUGACCAGUCAACUCUAAGAAGACUAGAUGUUCCUAGAAAAUAAAGAAGCAACUCUCUUUACCAGUUUUCAUGGAGGAAUGUCCUCCCCUCAACACACACAUUUUUUAUUAAUUUUAAUGAUUAAAAAGAGCACAGGGUAAAAACCUAUUAUUUCACUUAUACUGCAUAACAAGCUAACCAAAUUGGACAUGGUGGAUAAAUCGUAAAACGAAUAAUUUUACUUAUUAUUUACUUGACUUUUCUUACCAUCAGGUCUUCUAAAUGCGACUGAGGUAUAGUACACUGGCAAAAAUAAGAAAAGGCAAACACGAAUAGCACCAAAGUAACAUAACCAAAAUCAAGUACCAUGUCAGAAAACACUGGAUAGUAACAAUUUAUCAGAUUAGAGCAGAAGGAGAAAGUUACUGUUAAUUAUUUUAGUGAUAUUUUUCAACUUCACCACAGUAAAUUUUUUAUUACAGAUCCACUUCUAAAAGGUUUCCUGUGACAUUGCAGCAAGACUUUUUUUCAGAGGAAAAAUCCUAAAUUCUUCCUCAAAUAAAAAUACAUUAUAGUAAAUGGUAAAUGCAUAAAAUUACAGUAAGCCAGACACUUAAAAGGACAGCCAAGAAGUCUUCCAGCAGUUUAUUAGAAAGAAUGUAGACAUAAAAAAUAUCUCUACUGUCAUUAAUAUAAAUUGAGGUUUUCAGCCUUGGUACAAGCAGAAUUUAAAAAAAAGGACAUUAAAAAUCCAAAGUGUACUAACCUUUUUUCAGUCAUUUGCCAUACUUCCAGUGCAAAUACAAAUCUGGUCUAAAGCUGCAGACUCUCAAGCAACAAUGUACAGCUUCCUUCGUCCUUCAUGCUAAGAGAAUUAAAAGCUUAUGGGACAAACAAUACCACAGGCUUCAGAAACUAUGUUACGGCAUUUACUCAUUUUAGCUAUGAUACAUCUGGCACACUGACAAGUGGUCACUUACAUACAAUAGUGUGAAGUGAAAUUUUUGAAAUCUAAACGUUAGUGGAGUAGUCCUGAAGUGUAUACCACAAGAACAGCAGGUUACCAGUUUAAGGUGUCAGCCAAUUUGCUUUAUCUGCUUUUGAGUCCAUAUACUAUACCCUGAAUUUAGUUAUCUUUGCCAAAGCUGAGAGCUUCCUAUCACAUCGGUAUUUAAGUUAUGAAGAAAAGGAGACUUCGAUGAUAUAUUUCAUUUAUCACAACUGGUUCAUCAAUUACCUAGGACCUCAACAGCUUCAUGGAAGUCUGGGAAUGUUCGUGCGUAAGGUUACUGCCUUAGCUGACUUCAACUUGCCCACACGCUGGUACAUAUCAACCCUCAGUGAAGCCUUUAAAAACACAAACAAGUUGACAUAUGGGUUAAAGUAGGCAAACACAGCAACUGCCUUGAGAACUGUCAACUCAGGAAUUCUCUCAAUUAUGAAAUCUUGCAGAGAAGUUGCUUUUCUUUUUCAAAAUCCAGUUGACGAUAAUAUUCUUUACUCCAGAUCUGGCAUUUUUUCAUUACUAUCUUGUGAAUUAGCAUCUGCUCCAUUGACUUCUGGUAAAUCCUCACCACCCAUGUUGUUAAUGAUCUCAGAGAAAUGAUCAAAAUUAGACACGUCUUCAUCCAAGUCAUCUUCCCAGCUUUUCCAAUUAUUGAAGUCCACACUCAGCCAAUUAAGUUUUGCUCUUUCUUUUGUUAACUUUGGCUCAUGAUUGGCCAGAUUCUCCUUUUUGUAAACAAUAUAAAGUUGUUAUUUGAUGCCGGGAAUCAUUUGGAUCAACACAGUGACAAGGGUCAAUUUUCCUUAAAUCUUUAAAAUUGUCACUUCCGCCAAAAAAGAUGAAUGUAAGUUUGGAUUUUUCAAAAUUUACAUCAACAUCUUUACUGUCUUCAACACAAAAUUUAAUGAGGACAUCUUCCCGUUGAUGGCACCACUUUGCAGAAGCAGGCUGCAUUGUGAACUGGGUAGGGGGACGGGUGCACAGGUGGGCAGGCCUCUAUGGCGGCUGCUGCUAGGGAGUUGCCUCUUUUCUGGUGGUAACUCAGUGUUUUCCUCCCUGGUUGAGCCUCUUCUUUUGCAGCUGCAGCCUGACCUGGGUUCUCAGAAUAUGCCUAGCGGAGAGAGUGGCUCUUCCUGCUGGGGACAAGAGGAAAGUGUUGGAAAAGGGGCAGGAGGACGGAGAAGGUCAAAUCUUGAAUCAUUAAUAAAGAUGACUUUGCUCUCCUUUUCAAUACUGUAUUGAAUAUUGAAAAUAUUGAAGUGAAUCUUCCCUUUCACACUGCUCUACUAUCACCUUAUACAGUAUCCUGUAACUUAUUAUAAUCAUUAUUUAUUGUCUGUGGUCCAUUACUAGAAUGUAAGCUCCAUGAGGGCGGAAAUUGUUGUUCUGUCUAGUGCACACUAUAUAUUUGUUGAAUGAAUGAACAGAAAAUAACACUGGCUACCAUUUACUAUAUAAAUGAAAGGUGCUUUGCAUGUUCUCUCUCAGCCUUCGCUGCAGACUAAUGAAGUAGUUUAAUAUUAAAGUUCUUCCAGCAACUUGAA